AUGGCGACUAAGUUCGGCUUCGCCGGUGGCAUUCCGGAGCGCAAGGUUCGUCCGAUAUGGGACGCCAUUGAUUCUCGCCAGUUCAAGAACGCUCUCAAGCACGUCACCACGCUCCUGGCGAAGCACCCUAGUUCCCCCUACGCUUAUGCUCUCAAAGCGCUCGUGCUGGAACGGAUGGGGAAGCCUGACGAGGCCUUCACCGUCGCGCUCGACGCGAAGGACCUCCUCUACUUGAACGAACCUCUGCUGAUGGACGAUCUUACGCUCAGCACGUUACAGAUUGUGUUUCAGCGAUUGGAUCACUUGGAUUUGGCUACCGCGUGUUAUGAACAUGCCUGUAGUAAAUACCCGGGUAACUUGGAACUGAUGACGGGGCUGUUUAACUGCUAUGUUCGAGAGUAUUCAUUUGUGAAGCAGCAACAGACAGCUAUCAAAAUGUACAAGCUUGCUGGAGAAGAAAGGUUUCUUCUUUGGGCAGUUUGUAGCAUCCAAUUACAGUUUUUAGAAGAUAUUUUACUUGAAGCUUGUGUUGAUGUCAAGGACUGUCCGUCACCAGACCCCAGAUCAAUGCUGCUGCUGAUUGCAGCAUCUCAACAGUUUGAUCUGGUUUCAGGAUCAACCAUCAUACGUUAUCAUGUCAUCAAAUAUACCAUAUGUACGUGUUUUAAAUUUUCAAAAUUGACUGCAGCUCUUAUGAUCUACAUUUCUAUAUUGGAACGACAAGCUAAGUUUGGGGAUGCUUUGGAAAUCCUUUCUGGGAAAUUGGGAUCAUUGUUGAUGAUUGAAGUUGAUAAGCUAUGGAUGCAGGGGAGACUUCUGGCUCGGGCAGGGGACUACACUGCUGCGGCUGAUAUCUUUCACAAAAUUCUAGAGUCAUGCCCAGAUGACUGGAAGGGUUUCCUUCAUUACCUAGGCUGUUUGCUAGAAGAUGACAGUAUUUGGUGUGAUGAGGCUGUUAAUGACCCAGUUCAUCCUCCAAAGUUUGUCAAUUGCAAAGUCUCACACUUGACAGAGGAACAGUUUGACAGUCAAAUAUCAAUUGCAUCAGCAUGUGUACAGAAGUUGCAAGCAGAUACUGUUAAUAACUUGAUAAGGUGUCCAUACCUGGCAACUAUAGAAAUUGAGCGAAGAAAGCAUUUACGGGGGAAGGGAAAUGAUGACAAUGUAAUGGAUGGCAUUGUGCAAUACUUUUGCAGGUUUGGUCACUUGGGCUGCUUUACUUUCGAUGUUGAGAUGUUUGUUGAAGUGCUCACCGCUGAUAAGAGGACAGAACUCUUGGAGAUUUUAAUGAAAACCUAUGACACUUUAUCAGCUCCACCAACCAAGGCACUUGGGCUGUCUAUAAGCUUUUUCAAAAUCAAACAAUUAUUGCUAGGAGACAUCUCAGCAUCUUGUGCAAGUGUGGAAACAAUCUUCUCCAGAUUUGAGCUCAUAGCUUGUCUUGUAGGUCUUAGUCUAUGCUUCCAUAUUUUGAAUGUUAAUGUAAUGAAUACAACCUCUUCCAAAUAUGUCUCAGAUCUUGAGGUCUCUUGUGUUCAAAUGUUUGAAAUGUAUUGCACAAACCUUCCACUUUCAAAAAAUUUGGAUCCACAGGAGGGCAUGCAUGGUGAGGAGCUGCUUUCAAUGACAUGUAACAUUUUGGUCCAGUUAUUCUGGCGUACUAAGAAUUUUGGCUAUUUGGUAGAGGCAAUUAUGGUUUUGGAGUUCGGCUUGGCAAUACGAAGAUAUGUAUCACAAUAUAAGAUCUUGCUGUUGCAUUUGUAUACCUACUGUGGUGCUCUUCCUGUGGCGCAUGAAUGGUACAAGACCCUGGAUGUAAAAAAUAUUUUGAUGGAGAGUAUUUUGCACCACAUAUUGCCUCAGAUGUUGGUAUCUCCACUUUGGACUGAGUUAAACAAUCUGCUAAAAGAUUAUCUGAAGUUUAUGGAUGACCACUUCAGAGAAUCUGCAGACUUAACAUUUCUUGCAUAUCGACAUAGAAAUUACUUAAAAGUAAUUGAAUUUGUCGAGUUUAAAGAUAGGUUGCAACACUCUGGUCAGUAUAUAGUGGCUCGAGUUGAAUCAUCCAUUUUACAACUAAAACAGAGUGCAGAUAACAUUGAAGAAGAAGAGGUGACAUCAUUUGAAACUGGUAUAUUUUAUCACCUCUCAAUAAAUUUGAGUGGUAGGUUUAACCAGUUCAUAUUUUCUCAGGAUGUCCUUCAAGGCUUGAAAUGUGGUACUCACUUCCUUGAGCUGUCUAUGGAGGUAGGGUCAAAGUCUUUGACCUUCAAUGAAGACUUGCUGUCACGGCCCUGGUGGACACCAACUUCCGAGAAAAAUUACCUUUUAGGACCAUUUGAAGGGAUUUCUUAUUAUCCUAAAGAAAUAUUGACCAAAGAUAGGGAAACAAGUUUAAAGAGAGUCAUUGAAAAGAAAUCACUAAUUCCACGGAUGAUCUAUCUUUCGAUUCAAAGUGCUUCAGCAUCAAUCAAGGAGCAUGCUGAGCUCAAUGGUUCUGCUACCCCAGAUGUCACGUCAGAGCUAAAGUUGUUACUGGAGCGCUAUGCACAAUUUUUGGGUUUUCCUCUCUCUGAAGCAAUAGAAGCGGUCAUGGGUUUCUCUAAUGAAGAAAGAUCUGGAGCUGAACUGGCAUAA